AAUUCCAAAUCAGCAGUCACUGACCAACUAAAAAACAAACUAAAAUCUAUGCAGAGUCCACUCAUCACCAACAACUCAACUCUGCCCUUCUGUCAGCUUGUUUUACACAGUCCAUUACUUCACUCGCAGCGCAAACUCACCUUAACUCAGUCACUUGCGAUCAUCACUCUAAAAUUUUAAAAAUGUCAUCAGCAACCCUCUCAUUAAUUUUCAUACCCCCUUUUUUCUUCUUCCUUUGUCUUUUUCUAAGUUUGUAUGAAAUUGAUUCUGCUGAUGGAGGAUUCUGUUCAGCUCCUUCAACACUUGAUCAGGAAAUGGAUUCCAAAUCUCCCUAUUGGAAAGUAACUAAUCCAACACUUUCUCCUUCUCAUCUUCAAGACUUACCAGGCUUCACACGCAGUGUUUACAAAAGAGAGCAUGCUUUGAUAACACCUGAAAGUCAUGUUUUCGGUUCUUUACCUGACUGGACAAAUACGUCGGGAGCUUAUCUAAUCACUCCCGAUAUAGGCGCGCACUUUGUAAUGUACCUAGCAAAGAUGCAAGAAAAAUCAAGAUCAGGACUCCCUCCUCGCAAUAUAGAGAGGUUCAUAUUCGUGGUUCAGGGUUCGGCAAAUCUUACUGAUGCAUCUGGAACAAGUCACAAACUGAUGGUGGAUUCAUAUGCUUAUCUACCUCCCAAUUCUGAACAUUCCGUGAAAUGUGAUGCAUUUGCUACUCUUGUCGUCUUUGAACGGAGGCAUGCUUUUCUGGAGAAUCUUAGUACUGAGCAGAUUGUGGGCUCAACAGACAAGCAACCACUUCUUGAGACUCCAGGAGAGGUGUUUGAACUUAGGAAGCUUCUUCCCCAGUCAUUGCAUUAUGACUUCAAUAUCCAUAUCAUGGAUUUUCAACCUGGUGAAUUUCUUAAUGUGAAGGAAGUCCAUUAUAAUCAGCAUGGCUUACUGCUAUUAGAGGGACAGGGUAUAUACCGUUUGGGCGAUAGCUGGUAUCCAGUCCAAGCUGGUGAUGUCAUUUGGAUGGCUCCAUUUGUGCCUCAAUGGUAUGCUGCGCUUGGUAAAACACGCUCACGGUAUCUACUCUACAAAGAUGUAAACAGGAAUCCACUACAAUAGCACGCCUCUGGAUUCUUCGAUAUGGCGAUACCUUGGUGAUCAAUCUAUGGAGCAAUAAAGGAUCUUAUGCAUGCCAACAAAUAGUAAAGUUUAGUUAACUGCUUUUAAGUUUGUGUUGCUCAUCAUUAAUUAAACUUACUGCUUGAAAGUUCUGGUUUGCAGCUGCAAAUUCACAAUCUUAUGUAGAGCAUGUUGAACUAGAGCACCCGUCUGUAAAUCCUCCUGCAAAAUUCUCUGGUUUUUGCAUGUAAUUCUAAAUGCUCUCAUAGUUUCUGAUACGUUUAUUUGCCAUAUAAUGAAUAAAUUUGGGAUUUCUUUGA